AAUUCAAAAGACUUACUGAAUGUUGUUAAUUACACAAGUUGUUUGCAAACAAUCAUCGAAAACCUUAUUGGGAUAAAGGUAACUCAUUUGCUUUUCCCUAUCGCGAACAUAUUUCAUUCUGUGCUAACUGUUUAAGACUUUAUUUCUUUGGAAAAUAUCGCUUGAGCACAAAAUAAAUAUUUGUUUUAGAGUCUUUAUGACUUAAUCAAAAUACUUUAUCACUGUUCUGUAUGUCAAAUGAUAAUAUUUUGUUUUCAUCUUUGUAAAUCCAGAUGUGAAACACAUCGUUGUUAGAUUUUAUGAACUGCAAAACGUAAAGCGAGGAAUGCUGUUUAUUUAUUGCACUAUGUUCACCUGUUGCAACAUCGUGUCUAUUUGCAUGCGUAACUUAACGUUUUAGUUGAAAAUGUGCAUAUAUAUGCUACCUUAUCAUCAUACAUUGCAUUAGGUGUGUUGCAAGUGUAUAGUUCUCACUGAAAUAUAUGCAGAUAAACAUAAAACCGUGGUUAGAUUAUUAGGUGAUUUACUCAGGAAAUAAAUGUGUUGCGCAUAAACUGGUGAUGGUAAAACCAGCUGUAACUUUUCAUAGGGGUUGUUAACACUGAAUAUACUCUAUCAUGUGUAUAAUUGAAGUCAUCAAGAUAUUAUUCAGUAACCCAUCAAAAUCAAAUUCAGCGCAAAUAACUAGAUCCAUUUAUUUUGAGUUAAUGUUAUUAAGGAAUGUUCAGAAAUGGAUUUCAAGUAAAUUUAGAACGAAGCCACUUAAGUGGAUCUAAGUAUAAAACCUAUAUGUCAAAUAAAAUGAGGCUUAUUAGAACUCACAGCAUUUUUAUUCAAGUUACUCGAGCCAAUUAGGCGAAAUAAAUAGGACUCAUAUCCCUUAACUUUAACAAAAAUAAAUCUGUUUGAUAAACGAUAACACAUUAAAUUGUAUUUGUGCAACACAUUCAGACCGUGAAUUCCAAGAAUAUUUAAAUGCGCUUUCUUUGGUUGAUGGCAAUUAUUAGAGGUCAUUUCUGUUCCUUAUUCGUAAAUCGACAUGGAUACUUUAGACUGACGCUAAAUUCUGUGAUAUAUCAGAGAUAAAUAUUCAUUCCAGAUUUUGACAUAAUCCUAUUUGUAUUAGUUGGCGUUUGAACUGCAUACUGGGAACUAAAAAUGCUAUCAUGUCUAAUACAAUAUCAUUAAAUAAACACAUAACAGCUUUAGCUUUUAUAUAUAUAUAUGGGUGAAGCAAUCACCAGUUUUAGCCAUGAUGAGAAAUUUGUAAAUGAUUGGGUGGGAGGUAGAAGAUAUAUCUGAAACUCAUUUCUAAGGUGCGGUUUCGUAUAAGUAUGAGUUUUGAAUUUUUUUAAAGCAUUCUUACUUCUAAGAAUAUAUAAGUGUAACUUCGAGAUGUGGUUUGAAGGAAGUAUUAACUCAUGUCGUUCUUUGUUAUCUAUGAAACAUAAUACAUAACAGUUCUAGACUAAAAGUGUAAAAAUUUAAUUUUCAAACGCAAACUCGCUUUUGCUACAUCUUUUAGCCGAACGAGAUCAUUUUAUCGUUAGAGGAUGCCAACUGGUAGUAAUCACUUUUGAGAUAAAAUAUGCAUUUUUAAAAGUCACAAACGAUUAUUCCUUUGUUUGAACUUCUAAUUUUUUAAGUGUCAAAAUACUCUUCGAAUUUAUAACGUUAAAGUAUACACAAAGAAUAAAUCAGCACAAGGUUUCUGACCUCAGUACUAAAGUAACAAUAUAUUUUUUCAAUGUCAUACACAAACUAUCGAGUUAUACUCACCAAGGAAUCUUUAGUAUCCAUUGGUUGACAGUUAUAUCAUCUCUGUUAGAACUCAGCUUUUGAGUUCGAAUCCGGGCUAAUUGUACAGCAAAACCACUAAUUCAUAAAUAACGUCAACGUUAAAUAUAUUUUAUCUAUGCUUUACAUGGGUGUUUUUUUCCAGUCAAGUUUAUAAUCAUAACACAAAGUCGUGAUGGAAGAUUAAUAACAAUGAUUUUCCCUUUCCAUUCAGUGAACUUUAUUUUUGCAUUAAAUAUACAUUUUUCUAUAGUAUGAAUUAUUUUUAGUCAUUUGUUGUUUUUUUCCUCGAGGCUUUCAAGUGAAACCUUGUUUUAACACAUCAUUUGUGAUUGUGUAAAAAUAUGCUUAUGAAGCAAACACGAAUGCUUCAGUUUAUGAAUGAGGGCCACAAAUAUACCUGACUAAAAAUAUAAAACUGAAAAAGGAGCUGUUUUGAAACGACUGUUCAUAGGAAAACCACAUGUAACUGUAGUUACUUGUGUAUAGCUUUGUUAAAUUUUUGUAACUCUCAGUCCAUUUAAAAUGCGUUUAUCAAAAUGUUUUGAAUUCUCACUUAACUUCUGAGUAACUACUGCGGGUAAUUAUGCACAAAUAAUCAUCACCAGCUCCGUCAGUAAGUUUGUCACACCCCUAAAUUACUUAUCUUUAUUAUCAUUAGAACAAACGGUGAUCUAUGUAUCUGCACACGGAAGAUCUAUGUCAAUAAAUGGGAUUAAGCAAUAAAUUUAUCAGACCGUAUUUUGCCUGUUACGUAAGCGGUUUGGUAAAUAUGUUGAAUUAAUAAUGUUACUGAUGGAAACAAUGAACUCUCAAAGAACUUAUGAAAUUCUGUGGGUGUAAUGUAUGAUGAAAAAUACUUUCCAAGUGGAACAGGGGUUUCAGAGAGAGUCGCAGAAACUGUAAGUUAGAUCAAGGUUUAAACGACUACUGACCUCCUCUAUUAAUAUUAAGAUCGAAUGUGGACAUAAAUUUGUAAUUUCUGAUCGUUGAUUCACCACCCGGACAAUUUCUACAAAGCUUAACUUGGAGAAUAUCCUUGUUAGCAUGAUUUCAGAAAAUUUGUCAAAUAUGAAGAAACUGUAAAGCCGUCAAUUUGAGUACCGUCGAGGAUGUGUCAAACGGUGGAUGUAGAAAGAAUGCAUUUCAAUCUAUAAAGCACUUUGAAAGAAGUAAUAUUAGUGCGUUCGACAUCUUGUAAAAUAAAAUUUUCACCACCUCAGUUCACACAUUUACUUUACAAACUAAAUGUGGGUUAUAUAAAUAGUCAAAUGUACAUCAGUACGUUUAGCCUAACUGACAUUUUGGAUUAUUUGUUUUCAAUGAACCAAAACAAUUGGAAAAGGCUUUUGAACUUAUAAGUAAAGUAUAAGCUUUGAUUUUAAGUGAGUGCUGGUUAUGUGAUUCUAGAGAACGUAAACUUGAGUUGUUUGGAUGAUUACUGCUAUAUCGUAAAUAAUAUGGCAAUGUGAAUUAGUAUAGUGCUGACCAAUUAUACUAAACUGUGUUGUGGUUAAAAUACUAUUUUUCGGCCAGCCAUAUGAAAUCCAAUGUGCGCCUUAUACAAUUUUAAGGUUAUUGGUCAUUCAUUAUUUUAAGUCUCAAAGAUUACUUUAAACAAAUAUCUAACGGUAUCGGAAUUCAUAUCGCAAUAUACAUCAAGAAUUUUCAACAUAACUGUUUGACUUAUCUUACUAAAGGAUCUAUAAAUAUUUAAACGACUUUUAAAAAUGCACUGCUUGUUCAUUACCUUUAGAUGAAUUUUAAAAAAGUGUAAAUAUGGUAUGUUAAAUCUUGGUAGCAAUAUGAUACUAUUAUCUAUCAAUAUAUAAACAAAUAGUAUUUUUAGGCGAAAAUAUUGUUUGUUGAACUGAUGUGAAAUUGUCAUCUAAAUAUUGUAAUGUAGUAAAAAAUAUGGAAAGACCAGUCCUAUGAUAACUAAAGCGGUUGACUUACAAUUAAUAAAUUUUAUGUUCAACUCCCACACUCACCUAGUUUAGUUUUGUGGAGUUGGGCAGUAUUUGGAAUUUUCAUAAUUAGACAUUGGCAUAAAGUUAAUUAUACAAUGCAGUACUGGUAGAUGAGAUACAUCAAGUGGAAUUAAAUUGAUAUCUUUUAUAUAUAUUUUAUAUGCGUAACAAAAUUAUUCAGAUGAAAACUAAUUAAAUUCACAAGUAAUUCUAUCAAAUAUUCAAGUCACAUACAUAUUUUCUAAUUGUAUAUUUAUUUCCCAGGUUGUAAUUCAUUUUUAGUUUGUAAAUGCACGCGUCAUUAGCUUCGAUCGGCAGGGCUUGUACAAUCCAAGAAGAUGAAGAUCCGCCGGCUACAUCUUUGGAGAGUUCAUUCGACGUGCAACAAGUUGAUUACAUUGAACAAAGCUUAAGAUCAUGUACGUCUUCAGUGGAUGAGUUAGUCACACUCGCAUUAUCAUUAUGCCAUUCGAUUAAAAUACUACCAAAUUUCAAUAAGAUCGUUUUACAAGAACAUCCUUGUGGAAUCAAACAGAGUGAUUCGGUACUUAAUACAGAUAAAUAUGACAACAAUAAAAACCAACCAUCAUCAGCAUUGGAUGAACAUAUCAACUCAUCAACAAUUAACGACCCUAUUAUAUGUGUACAUACUUCUUCCAAUACUUCCAGAAAUAAAUCAGAUGAUUUAAACCACUUAACUUAUUUGCAUCGUUUCUAUUUAAAACUAUUGAACGUUGUACAUCUCGAUACAUUGAACAAUACUAUAAAAGAGUUAAGUUUAGGUUUGCUUGCAUUACUGGCUCAUUCAGAAACUGUUCUCAUUAAAGAAACCAAUUUAUUAGACUGUAUUUUAUCAAAAUUUUCUAUAUCAAGCAAUAAUAUUUAUUCUUUUCAAGCUCUUUAUGAGAAAAAUUCUUGUAAUAUAUUAAAUGAUUAUCAUGAGUUUUUAUUAACUACAUUAUUACAUUUUAAUGAUGAGAGUGGAGAUGAUGAUAUUGAUGAUAAUAGUAAUGGCACACCUAUUACCGGUUAUACAACAACACAUUAUGAUUAUUCCUCACAAUUAGGUGAACUUAGAAUUUUAUGCGAAAGUUUAAGACAAUGUUGGACACAGAUGAAACGUUUAGCUAAUGAACAACGAAAUAUGCAAUAUCGUUUAAAUCAAAUUAAUGCUUCAAAUAACUGUGAUACAAUUUUAACAAAACUCUUUUUAGAUGCAUAUAGAAUUAAUUCCAUGUACAGUAAAUUAUUAACAUUAGCUAUUAUUAAUUCUGCUCAAUAUUUAAUCUAUUCUGGUGUAUCAUUAUUAGGUUAUAUGGAAUUAUCACGUUUUACACAUGAUGAACUAUGGGAAAUGACACGUGGUAUUGAAGAGUUAAAUAUUUUACGAGGGCAUUUACAUAAUACAUUUCAAAUAUAUCGUAACACACAUUUGUAUAAAUUAAUAUGUAACGACGAAAAUGUAUUUCAUUCUGCUCAAAUUUUAUCACCAACUACCGAUACUACUAGUAUUAGUAGUACUUUUAAACCAUUAUCACAACUUAUUUCAUAUAACUUAUUAAAUGAUCCUGUUGAUGUUGUAUUUUCGAUGUCUGUUGGAUGUUUAUUUUCACUAUUCGCCAAACAACGUUCCCUGCGUCUUGCUCAUCUAAUCUAUUUACACAUAUAUAAGUUUCCAAAACUGUUCUUUAGUGAACCUGAUAACAAUCAUACUACUAUCGAUUAUAAUCAUAAUUUAUCAAACAAAAAUUUGUUACAACAAGAAUUUCAGAAAUUCAUUCAAGAUAAUCACGGUUUGUUAGCUUCAGACUAUCUUCGAAAUGAAUAUGAAUUUAUAUCAAAUUUCUUAGAUAUACUAUCUCAAUCAACUGAUCUAUUAUAUCAAGUACAGAAAUUACAACUUGUGUAUACAUCAGCUGCCGCUACAGCACAAAUAAGACAAGUCGAAGCCGAACAACGACUAAAAACGUUUAGUAACACUAAUAAUUUGGAUCCCUGUUCUGUCUCCUCUCCUACCUCCUCGCCGUCUUCAUCUAUAUCACAUGCUGUAAGUGUUGAGGGUAAACAUGGUGUGUUAGUACGUGCUACUUCAACAAAUCAUCCAAAUAUGACAGAAGCAAAAGAGAUCAUUUCUAAAACACCUCGAAAAACAGAUAUUCAUCAUAGAACUAACAUUUUACCCAACUAUAUUUCACGUUAUCAGGAUGCGUUGCAUCGUUCUAGCACAUUAGAUCGGUAUGUGGCUACUGGAUCAGCUGUUUCACCUUAUUCAUCAAUCAGUAAUCAUACACUUGGUACUGAUUUUACUAAAUUACAAUCGGACAAUCAAACAAAACCAGACGAUCAUAAUUACAAAAAAGACAAGAAUGAUUCGACUAUUUAUACUGCAACUGAAAGUAGUAGUAUCACUGAUGAUAAGGAAAAGGAACGAAGUAAACCUAGAGUUAAUUCUAAAAAAGGUGUACAGUGGAGUGAUCAUCGUGAAGUUAGUACACGACAUCAAAUUAUAGGACGGUAUUUGGAGAUGACAUGGAAGUAUUCAGAGAAUACGCUAACAAGCUUAUUCCUAUCCACAUCAAGCACGAUUAUUAAACAGAGGGACGGUAACGGUAAUAAUAUAACUGUAAAUGAACCUAAAUUGUGCAAAUCUACUUUAACUAUGCCAUCAGUGGAACUUUUAAGAUUGGGAAAUAAUAUUUGUCAAUUGACGAUCACAUCAGAUUUCUUUCCUACUGGUUUACUACCAGUGCUUAGAAAGCAAGCAUUGAAGUGUAAAGAAUAUGCUAUUUGGCGAAACUGGUAUGAAGAACAUCAAAUGUUCAAGUGUAUAUUGAAGAAAAAUGACGAGAACACAAUUUCUGUAACAGAUGAUAACUAUAAUUUACAAGAUACCUCAGAGACUACAUUUUCCAAUAAUGUAGUUUCUCAUGAAACAUGUGAUCACUUAAAUCAUAAUUCAUUAUAUUCAAUUUACAAUAUAUAUGUUCAAAGGAAUACAAUCAAUACUUCUGACACGCAAUCAUCAUUUUGUCCUUGUAAUAUUGAUAAAUGUCACAACUGUUGUAUUACAAUGAAUUUACAGCGUUUAUGGGGCUCCAAAGCAUUUCUUAUUAUAACUGACAUAAAUUCAAUCAUUGAAUUAAUUACUUAUAUGACAAAAUUAUUUGUUAAUGAUGAACAAACUUGGAUGAAUAUUUUAUCGUUGAUACAAAAUGAAAUAAAAGCAUCAGGCAUCUCAUCAAUUGUACACCAUUUCGAUAUUUCCAUACCUGAUGCAUAUAAAUCUCUAUUAUUAAAAUUAUACAAAGCUUAUGAAUAUACACGACGUUUAGAUGUCAUUUUUAUACGUUUUCUCAUUAUGUUAAAAAAUAUAUGUUUUAAUGAAUAUAACAAAUGUAUGAAAAAUUGGAAUGUUACAUUACAACAAACUGAUGAUAAUCAUUCUAUCCAGCAACAAACAAACAUAAUUGAUAAUAAUAUAAAUCAAAUUACAUAUUACUAUCAACAAUCUAUAUAUAUUGAAUUAUUAUUUAUUCAUUAUGAAAAUCUUAUAAAUUGUUUUAAAAAUUUAACUGAUAUUGUUUUUAAUAAUAUCAUCUAUUGUAUUUUAUAUUGGUUCGGUUAUACAAAUAAUUAUGUAAAUGAUGAAAUACUGAAAGAAUUCAAACAAUUAUUUAAUCCAAUGAAUUCAUAUUUUCUGUCAAAUUUAACAUCGACUCCAUCAUCAAGAUUAUCAGUAGGAACAACAUCCACAAUAUCAAAUAGUAAUUUUGAUGAUCUAAUUGAAAUUAAAACAAAUUUAUUGAAUGUAGACAGAAAUGUUCUAAUACGGUUAGCACGUGUAAUAGGAACAUUAAGUCAAGUGAAUAAUUUAUUGAUAUCAUUAGAUAAGAAUAUUAAGGAAUGGAAAGAAACUUUAAGAAAAACAUUUCCACAGAUAAUGAAUAAACUUAUCGACAAAUACAUUCUUAAUUAUCAUAAUGAAAUACUAUGUAAUUUCCAAAUUGAAAAUAAUGAAUUAAUUAAUCUGUUGACCAUAUUUCUUAAACCAAUUAAUAAAACAAUUGGAACUUGUUUUAAUUCACCUACAGAGAGAAUAAUUUCAAUUGAAAAUUCAUCAAUAAUAUGUGAAUAUCAUCAUAAUGUGUUUUAUUAUAUAAUUCAACCAACAGUUAUUCAAUUUUUUCAUAGAUUAUCAGUAUUAUUAAAAGAGACAUCUAUAAAUUACGAUGAAUUUAUUCAAAAAUAUCUUAUCAUACGAUUUCAAAAUCAGGUGCCUUUAAACCUAUUACAAGAAAUUUAUCAAUCUAUUAAAAUUCAUAAUCAAUCUGGUGAAUCUUCAGUAAAAUGUUUUCAUAAUACAAUGUUUACUGAACAUCAACCAGAUAAUGUUAUUCAAGAACAAGAAACUGAAAAGUUAUCAUCGUUAUCAUCAUUACUAACGGAUACAAAGCAGUUGAAGAGUAAAUUGAAUUCUGGAUCUGCAGGAGUUGAUUUUAUUCAAUCCACAAUGGUAUUUAUGUCAACUGCCAUGAAAAAUACUGUGAAUAAACAUUUACCUAAAGAACCGAAAGAUAAAAUUGCAUCUUUUGCAGCUGAUGUUUGCUCUAAUCUACGUUUACCAUUCCGUAGUCAAACAACAAAUAAUCUCAAUAACUGUAGUAAAACCACAUCUACUACUACUACUAUAACCGUAGCAAAAUCAUCAACUAUAAGAGAUAAAAAAGAAUCUCUCAACGAAUACUCCAUGGAAAAUCAAUAAUACCUCUCAACAUAUGGAGUCCUAUUACUAUUUUGGUUGUGUUAUUUUUCUUGUCAAUAAUGUUUUUUUUUCUAGUUUACACAUUUAAUAAAAGAAUUAUUUCAACCAACUAAAAUGUUAAUAAAGAUUCAUUAUAAAACUCACAAAACAUUUAUUUAGAGUAUCUCAUUUCAUUUAUACUCUUAUAAGAGUUUGUAAAAAAUGCUUAUUUUUUCUAACAUUUCUCUUUAUCUAAUUCUUCUAUCAUACUGUGAAUAGAUAACAAAGAAUAUAUAUAUCAAUAGAAUACUAAAAGAAUACUAGUAUAAAUAAGAUUGAUGAUAACUUUUUCUUCCUCUCUGCAAACUUUUUCAUUACUUCAUUAUAUUGAAUCUUAGCGAUGACAUUUGUCUUGUUUUCUAAUCUUUCAUAAUUUGCUUUCUCUUUCUUUUUUUUUCUUUUUCUACUGUUCUACCUAUGAACUUUAAAAUAUGUCUUAUACAAAGUUGGAAAAACAACAUAAAAUGAUAAUAACACAGUUUAUUCAUUAGUUAUAUUGUAAAGGAGAAAGUAACUCAAUAUUAAUUGACUUAUUCUCAUUUGUAUAGUUAAUGACAAAUAAAUAAUAUCAUGAAUUAGCAUUACAUUUUGAAUGUCAUUGUGAAUUGGCAAUUAAAACUAUAAUCAUUUACUAUUAACACAUUUGUGAUGCAAUUAAGAUUAUAAUUUAUUUUAUUUUAAUAAUUUGUAGUUGAUUAAUUUCUUGAAAUCUCAUAUAAACAAAACAUUAUAAUGAUGAUUUGAUUCAAUGUUGUUUUCUUUUCUUCAAAAUACUUGGAAUAAGCCAAAUAUUUGAAUUAUCUAGAAAUACAUGGUUAUCAUAUUGA